UUUUAUAUGUUAUUCAUUGGAAAUUAAAAUCAAAAUUAAAUAUUGAUUUCAUUUUGCAAUCAAAACAACGAUUGAAUCAAAAGUUUUUGUAUUGAAAUCAAUGAGUGAUUGAAAACAUUGUUUCACUCAAUAAUGGAUACGAAAAGCGAAACAAACGAAACAAUUUUGACCAUAAAAUUGCCUGAAGUGUCAAAAAUGGCCAAAAAGAUGAGAAGCGAAGACUCGGAUGACGUUAACGAUGACACCAAUGAUGUCCACAACGACUCCAACGAAGACAAUAGUGUCUGCAGUGAAGACAAAAUGGACUCCAAUAUGAGCUCAAGUCAGACGAGUGGUAAAGACGUGAACAGUAAGUCCAAGAGUGACACCAAAGAUGGCAAUAAUGUGAUCGAAGAGAUGGUUAAAUCGGAUCAAUUGAAACAAAGAGCCGAAGAGGAAGAACGCGAGAAAAUGCAAGUUCUUGUGUCCAACUUUUCUGAAGAACAGCUCAACCGAUACGAGAUGUUUAGAAGAUCCGCGUUUCCAAAGGCGGCCAUAAAAAGGUUGAUGCAAUCGAUAACCGGUUGUUCAGUGUCUCAGAAUGUGGUGAUCGCUGUCUCGGGAAUCGCUAAAGUAUUUGUGGGCGAAGUAGUGGAGGAAGGGUUGGAUGUGAUGGAACAAAAUGGCGAAACAGGACCUCUUCAGCCCAAACACAUCCGGGAAGCCGUCCGACGGCUAAGACAUAAGGGAAUUAUU